AUGAUGUUGGUAAGACAAAUAUGGAUUUCCAUUUUUGUUAUCUGCACAACCAUUAGCAAAGCUCAAAAUAUUACACGGUGUACAUCUUCUUGUGGUGAUAUUCAUGACAUUCACUUUCCUUUUAGAUUGAAAGCAGAUCCUCUGAAUUGUGGAGAUUCCAAGUUUGAGCUUGAUUGCCAGAAAAAUCGUACUGUCAUAAGUUUGAAUUUGAGAAGAUAUUAUGUGCUAGAAAUCAAUUACUAUGAGUUCUUGCUCAGAGCAAUUGAUCCUGGUUUGGAGCAUCGGAUGAGGAAUUGUACUUCUCCUCCUGAUUACUUUAACACAUCUAUUAUCACCUCAAUAUUUGCUAGAGCUUUAACUCCUAAAUAUCAUUAUCUGAAGUCAACUUCUGGUACUAUCACAACUGUUGAAUAUCAUGAUCGGAACAUUCCCAUUAUCUAUAUCAAUUGUUUAGCUCCUGUAAAUUCCUCGCGCUAUGUGGAGACUACCUUCUGUGGUUCACAACACAAGACUCCUUUCUCGAAUUCUUCACAAAGUCAUAGCUAUAUCGCCAUUGGACAGGACAUGUCAAUUUCGGAUUUGGCUGAGAAUUGCAGCGUUGAAAUGAUGGCCUUGGCCUCGUCUCAGGGUCUUUCAAGGGACAAUACUUCUCUAUCGGGCAUUCAUGCUGCCUUGACUUACGGGUUUGAGCUUUCUUGGAAGGGUAGCAUUCACUACUUUUUUGGUAAGUAUUCAGAUACUGGAGUAGUGGAGCGCAACAACUUUAUGCAGCAAUUUAGCUGA